UCCAACGCAGUCUCGUCUCUAAAGUGGAGAAAGUGUCGACUUGUCUUUUCACUUCUGAAGCAAAUCAAACAUGACGACAUCUCCAGUGUUGGCUCUCUAUCUCACGUGUCUGUUCUGGGGGGAAAUGGCUCAGACGACCGAUCUGAAUUUCUCCUCAUCCUUUCAACAAGAGAGUCAUUUUGUGUCGGGCAAACCGGGGGAGGAAUUGACGUUAGAGUGUUUCUUUGAAGGCAUUAUCACUGCAAGGCUUUACUGGUAUAAGCAAAGGCUGGGAGAAAACCCCCAAAUUAUCUCUACCGUCUAUACGUAUGAUCAAAAGACAAGUUUUCACGGUCAAUUCAAGAACAUUUCACGCUAUACAUUGGAUACUGAAAAUGGUAACAAUCACCUGACAAUCGCAGACUUGCAAAUUUCAGACUCAGCUACCUACUUCUGCAUGAGUUGCUAUCUAUACGUAGUGGACAUUUCGGUGAGCAUUACUGUCAGUGUCUGGGGUUCAGGUGUGAGCGUCCCAGUGUUGGUCCACCAGUCAGCGUCUGAGACCAUCCAGCCAGGAGGCUCUGUGACUCUGAGCUGUACAGUUCACACUGGGACCUGUGAUGGGGAACACAGUGUCUACUGGUUCAAGGACUCUGAAGAGUCUCAUCCAGGACUCAUUUACACCCACGGAGGCCGGAAUGAUCAGUGUGAGAGGAAAGCCAGCACACAGAAGACACACACCUGUGUCUACAACCUGCCGAUGAAGAGCCUGAAUCGGUCUGACGCUGGGACCUACUACUGCGCUGUUGCCUCGUGUGGACACAUGCUGUUUGGAGACGGGACCAAGCUGGACUUUGAGGAGGAAGUCCACUCUCUUGUCUUGGUGUAUUUCUUGAGUGGAGCGUUGAUGUUCACCAGCAUCCUGAGUGUCUUACUGGCUGUCUCAGUGUGCAUGAUGAACAAGGGGAGCAGCUGCCCGAGCUCAGAGUUUAACACAAGAUGUCCAGCUCCCUCCGCAGAAAACGAGAUGGGUCAACAACACAAAGAAAUCCUCUAUUAUGCGGCUUUAGGUGUCCACCUGCAGAACGGGUCAAGAAGACCGAAGGAUCCGACCUGGAGUGAAUGUGUGUACUACAGCGUGAAGCAGUAGAACUGGACGUACUACAUUUGUACUUUUGAGCCUGACAGGGAUUUCUCUUUUAAAGUGUAAUGUAGAUUUAUAUCUCAGUUGGGAAUAAGCGGAUUGUAUAUCUGCUUUUUGAGCCAAUAUUACAUGUUUCUAUGCUUCGCUAAUGUGCAUAUUCAGGAUACUCAUUGGUGGUCUGUGUGGUCUGAAGCAGGUUAUCUUCAAACCAUGUAUCUAUAUUAUCUCUACAAAUAAAUGUGUUUUCAUGACUGAAUCAGUAUAUUUCAAAGUUUAGAUUUACCGACUGUUUUAAAGUCACUCAAACGCUUCUAGCUUCUUACUAGCAUUGCCUGAUAAUCAAUAAACUGAUAUGGUCUGUCAUUAAUAAAUAUACAUGUCAGAAUA